AUGGAGCAAGUGCGAGAUUGUGAAGAGGCAGAUCUUGGUGUCCCAAGCCAUGGCGACGAGGGCGAGGUAGGAACCGACAGGGGAAAGCGGAAGAAGCCGGCGCGGCUAGGGUUCAAGCUGAGGCGGGUGCUAAACAUUGCCAGAAAGGGGGACCCUUGCACGCCUGUGCAGCCCUGGAAGGUGGAGGAGGAUGCCGAAGAUUUGGGAACUUCGCCAGCUCGCAAUGGCAGCCACACCGCCGCCGGCGAUAACCAGAAACCGACAUGCUCAAAGCAGCAUCUCCGCCACCGGUUUCCAAGCGUGCCCCGCUCUUCCUCCUCCAGGACUCUCGUCCCCAACUUCUGGGAGGCCAAGGAUAUCCUCCUCCAGCAUUCCGGGAUGAGCCGGGAAGGAGCCACAUCUCGCAGUCUCGAGGAGGAGAAGCUGGCGAAACCCUUCCUCUCCCGCCUGCCGGUAAGAGCAGCAUCCAACUUUUGGCUUCUCCUCCGACUUCCUUGCCCCGAUUUUCAAAACCUUGCGAUCGUUGUUGGAGGCCGUUGACCGUGAUCGAUGUCUCAGAUUGUGGAGCAGCCACCAUAUUUAGCCGCUUUGAAACCUUAGAACUUCCCUGUUCUGUAGAAAGCUUCCAUCGUGAUAAAUCUAUGAGAUUAGCGCCAAAGCCGAUCGCAAAGUCAACCUUUCCGGCCCAUAUUUUACCCACUGAACCAACUAACGAAAUAUUUCCCUAUUUACCCAAUUUUCAAAUUUAUCUGUUAAUUUUUUUCAGUGGUAUAUCUGUUCCAAUUGACUCUCAUAUACCAAAAUUUAGGACGAUUAAGCUCUUUUAUUUUCUGGUGAUAAUAGUAAGGUCCUUGGUCAGCCUCUCCCUUGAAAAUGUGCGAUGCGAUCUUAUACGCCACCAUAGAACUAGCCUCAAAAUGAUGAACUAUGAUUAGGUGCAGAUCAUCAGAUCAUAUGAUUGACUGGAUGGAGUGAAUAACUUGCUCGAGCACUUUUGACUUUUUAGGAAAAAAAUCUAGGAUUUUACUUUUUUAUUUAUUUGCAUUUACAUGUGGAUAUAUUUGGUGAAUCAUUCACUUUCCGGAUUGAUUCUGUUUAUUUUUGUGGAAUUUUAUAUGUAUUGUAAAUCUCUCCGGAGGAACAUUUUUUCCCCAGAAUUUAAGAUUCGAGUAAAGAUAAAAAAAAAUGUUCAUAAUCUUUUUCUGAUCAUAUACAAUAAGACUCUGAUUACUGUUAAUCCGAUCACAUUUCGAUGUAAUUAAUCUCUAAUCAGGCUGCUGCUCCGUCAAGUUCUUCGGAUCUCAAGGGGAGGCCGGGCUACGGCUUCAAGCUGUCAACGGAUUUAUUGAGAGCAUUUGAUCGGAUCUGGGCCCUGGAAGAGCACCAUGCCUCCAGCCUAUCGCUGGUGAAAAAACUGGGUCUCGAGUUAGAACAAGCUCAGGCCUGCGUCCAGGAGCUGUUGCAGGAGAACCAGUCAGAAGGGGAAGCCGUCCUGUCAGUGAGAGAUCAACUCCACGAAGAGCGGCGGCGCCGCCGCCGUUCCGAGAGCCUCCGCCGGAAGUUGGCCCGAGAAUUCUCCGACCUGAAGUCGGUUUAUCUGAGGUCUCUGCGGGACCUCGAAUCGGAGAAGAAGGCCCACGAGGGGCUGGCAGAAUUCUGCGAUGAGCUUGCAGAGGGCAUCAGAGAAUACGAGGAGCUCAGGGAGCUGAGGAGAUCCGAUGGUGGCGCCGCCGGCCAUGGCCGCUGCCGCCGCCACCUCGUCCUCCAAGUGUCCGAAGCUUGGCUUGACGCCCGUCGGCAGGCGAAGCUCGCCAGAGUCCGUGGCGGCGACCUCGCCGGCGAGGUCGAAGGCUUUCUCCAAGCCAUCCGGUUACAUCCCGCGGCAGAAGACCGUAUCAAGGGCGGCGCCGCCGCCGCCGAUCGCCGGCGCUCCCUCGAGUCCGUCCCCUUCAACGACGCCGUCAGUGCUCCCUGGAACGACGAAGACGACGACGACGACGAGCUCGCCGGCGACUUGCGGCGGCGGCGCCACAGCUUCGACCUCCCCGGCACCGCCCGGCGCUCGAAGCGAGUCGAAGAAGGGAGAAGGUCCGACGCGACGUGGAGAACUCUGCGAUCCGCGCCGGAAGAUCGCCGCCGGCGGGAAUCUCUCGCCGCCGGCGACGACGAGGGUCCGCCGCCGGCCUUACCCCCCGGCGUGAAGGCGAACACCUUGGAAGCCAGGCUCCUGGAGGCCCGCCUCGAUUCCCAGCGAGCUCGGCACGUAGCCAAGCAAUCCGUUUCUUGA